GUACUUGAUGCACCUGCUGCUGGCGCUCCUGGACGAUCUUCAUCAAGUAGAAGUAUCGAAGAUGCUAGGGGAACGAGUCGUGGUAGGGAAGCAGAGGGGACACGUCGUGCUGGUCAUCGUCAAAGUCAAGGUGAUGAGCCUUCAAUCGAUGCUGAUGCAGCGACAGCGACUGUAGGAGGAAAUGAGGUAUUUUUACCUCCAGCCAAUAGUGUAACAGUAACUGUAUCUACGCCUCCGGCAUUUACCGGACCCCCAGCUAACAUAGACGAUGAACCUAAUCACGAACCACCAAGAGAAACUACAACUACAAUCGACGCGGACCUGGGGGAACGAGAAGACGAAGAUCAGCCACUAUUCAUUCAUGCUCGCAAUGCCCGUGUCGCUGGAACUGGGGAGGCAGGUGGUGGAGAUCAGGAGCAGACAGAAUCAGGAGCAGAAACUCAGCAGCUUGGUGGUGGUCUGUUGCAACGUUUUGCACGAAUGACAAUUGGCCGUCUUCCUUCACCUCGUCUAGGACUAGGAGCUGUAUCAAGUAGGGCAGCGAGGAGUAGCACAACUAGUACAAGAAUUACUCAAGAAGGAGGUACAUCAAGAUCAAGGCAAGGACAGCAUCAAGAAUAUCAACAACGACAAGGUGAUCACAGGGGCCAACAUCAAGGUCUUCAAGUAAGACAAACGCAGGAUGCACCUCCUGGUCCUGGAUACCUCGGCGCGGGAGGUGGAACUGGUUCUAGUCCAGUCGUUGAUGAGCAGCAAGCUCAAGCUAACGCUAUUGCCUCUUCUUGUGCCCUGCAACAAGAAGGUCUGCCUAGCUAUUGGCGUGAAUUCGCGUGGUGUGUUGGUUUUAAAGCGUUUUGCUCUCUGGCUCCAGGUCUUCGCUCUCCCACCCUGACUUGGGCUUUCCAGCGCGCCUCAGAAAUGGCGCCACCCUCUCAGAUUUUGCCGACCGACCGUGUCGAGAAAUACGAAGUAACCUAUCUUUUUCGCUACCCUAAGCUUCGCUUAGAUGUAGACCAGGCGCCACCAGCGUCCUCUUCAUCUAGCUUAUUGCGCGGUGUACGCGGGACGGGUUCAUCUGUUAAGAGCAGUACUAGUGCUUGAGGAAUUAUAGUUUUUUCAGUGGCAACAAGCGGCUUUCAAGUUUCCAAUAUUUGAAAGUUUUUCAGGAGCAUGAAGCCGAAGAUGAAACAUUACAGCAUGCCCACAUUAUUGUAGAAUACUCUUGAGCCUUCUCAGCAAAGUCCACGAAUCCCCUCCCCCUCUAACUCACACCGAGCCAACGCGGUUUCUACAGCGAGUGCUGAGUCCCACCGAAGCACCUCGCCACCAGCGAGGCUUGACCCGCCAACAGAGGGUCGCGGCGAAUGGAUUUGGCCUAAAGGCACUGUAAUUAAGGCCUUCCGUCUAAGGGAUAUUAUCCAUCUUCACACGCACAGGCUUCUUCCUCGAGACGGAGACGAGGCUUUUCCAGGGGAUAAGGGUUGCUCCAGUGAUGUGCAUGGAGGUAAGUAGCAGGAUGAAUUAGUCGAAUGCGCAGCUCUAAUGUAACCUUGUUCGAACAGGGAGGUGGACAACGACAAGGCCCCCGAGGAACUUCUUCUAGUGGUCGGGAAGCAUCAAGUAGCAGAACAAGGACCAGAGGAUUCAGUGACGCUAGCGAUGACACGAUGAGAAAUUCACUUAAGGCAUAAUGUGGAUGAUCCUUUUGUUUAUGUUGAAAAUCCAAAACUGCUGUAAUAAAUGCAGAAUCAAUGUAAUAAAAAGGGUUUGGGGGUCGGGGCUACUAGUUAGUGUCAGUGUGUAUGAUCUUGAUAUUACAAGUACACCUUCUAACAAAACGCCAGAUGAUGACCAGGGUCCACGAGGUCGUAGUGGGCGAGAGGAGAUGUCAUCGUCUACCAGGAGUCCCAGUCAAGGAACCCUCCGAGAAAUUCGUGCUGAGCAAGAGAGGCACAAGGCUUAUCGCGUGGCCCUACAACAGUACUUGCAACGAAAUCCGACCAAGAAAGUGAUUCUUUAGUAUGGCCGAAGAUUUGACUCACUUGGCCUUGGCGUAUCCGUAUGUACAGUGGUCUUCUAAUGCAACGUACUUAAAAAGAAGGUGUAAAAGCAGAAAGUCACGCAAAGACCAUGAUUUUCUUUCAUGAUGAACAUGAUCUAGAUCUUCCCUCUAACUCUGCACUUCUAUCUUCACUCUAACUCUCCGUCCACGGCGGCGCUUUCGUAGGUGCCUCAGCCGCCAGUGUGCGCUUUUGGACCUAUAAUUGGGCACGUGAGACAGGCUCUGUGAUAUUUGCAGUAGACUACCGCAAACCCCCUUUUGGCAACGUAGGUUUACACGACUCCGCAGCCGAUGUGUACGAGGGUGCGUGGCAAUCGUACCUGCUCACCUCACUCCAGAUUCCGCCGCAUCGGAUUGUGCUUAUGAAAGAAGUAAAUGGAUUGUGAUAUCAUGGUAUUUUUGGGGGAUAUUAAAGAUGUGGUCAUCAAGUAAAAACUUCUAGAAGUACUAUCAUCUUCCUUAUACUACUUAGAAGACUUCUACUAUCUUCAUCUUCCUUAGAAGACCACUUUCAUAUUCUUGUGGGCUGACAGUGCGGGCGGUGCAUUGUUGGUGUGGAUGCUCGGGAAAAUGGCUGAUCAGAGGUCUAUUGACGGAGAAGAAGACAACUCAGAACCAAGAUUUCAUCUCAGAGUGAACAGCGAAGACAUGAUGGUGGAUGGGAUUGGAAGUGGAGAUGAAGGACCCAUGCUCUUGCCAGGUGGAAACGGAGUUGGAGGUGCACAUCAGGGAGAAGGAGGAGACGGUAAUGAGACUACAGCUGGUUCUUCGUCUUCAUCGACAACAGAAGUUGUUCCAAGACCAGACACGCCUCAUCCUCAAGCAGCUUCAGCACGAAGAACAAGUGGCUCUUUUCGAGAAUUCAUUGACACCUCAAAUAUAUUGCCACCUCCGAUUUUUGAAGGACCAAAUGAUCUUGUCGCUCCUGACCACGGCGCAGCGUUGAACAACUUGGAGCUAUGAAGAAGAUACUUACAAGUUGUUGAACGGGUGGCAAUGGCAUGCAGAUAGUGUUUUAGUUUAAUAUUAGAAACAGCAAGAAGAUAUUAGAGUGAGAGUCUCGUAAAUCAUUAGGGUGGCCUUUCGCGGUCAAUAAAAUCAAUGCUCUUCUGGGAGGUGAACAGCGUUACCUCUAAAGAAAGGCGGAGCGCAGCAGGAAGCGAGCAUCUUCAACGCGACGACCCCAUCCACCAAUUCCAAUACUGCACAAGGUAAGGCGAGAAAGUAAACAUGAGAGAUGGGCAUGAACAAAAAAUCGCCAGGGGAGCCCCAAUCGGCCUACUUAAGUUAGCCGAGUUAGAUUCAGGAAUGCAGCACAGACAUGAUCUUGAUCUCAGAGACUUCCUCAUCCUCUAGCUCUAAACAACACACGCCCCUUUCACCAGAGCGACGUGGACUUCCUGCUGGCGUGGUUCUGAUAUCCCCGUGGCUCAAUAUCGAGCAGGUUGGGGAAGACUCAGUCCUUUUUUCGGAUGAACAGCAUCCGAAUUUCCGAACGAAUGCGGCAAAAGUUAAGGAGCAUUUUUAUCCCUGUUGAUGUUGUCGUGUCAGCAUUAGAUGUAGUAGAGUUAGAAAGAUCAGGUUCAGGACGAAGAAUGUGAAGAAACAAGAAGGAUAAUGAUGUGAGCGAACAAGAAGCUUGUAUUUUUGAUGUUGAAUCGUUUCUCAAAUGACGGAAUCCAAGGGCAGACUCACAUACACAUCAAGCUCUAACAGAAGCCUUGACGUUUUUGCGCCAAGCAUGUUGGUGGAAGCUGCGAGAGCGGCGCAAGGGGGAACGAUAGUUGACUCUACUCCAACUGGUUAUGCAGAGGGUCAGAUUACAUCGCAACCCUCGUCUUUAUCGACGCCCUCGUCUUUGAUCUCUCCGUCUCAGCCAUCAACUACGCUAUCUCUAUCGCCGACAUCGGGACCGACGUUAUGAAGCAUCAUAAAUUCCAUGAUUGUCUUACGCUUACCAAACGAAUAAAGAGUAAGAGACAUCACUCAACUACAUAGAAGUUGUAAGUACUAGUACUCCCCAUCUGUCCUCUUCUAACGUGUCCCCGAUCAUCUCGUCCUGAUUCUCCCAUUACUCGUCGCGUGCUCCGUACCCGCCGUGCGGCUUUGCUACGAGCGGCAGCAGUGGCGCCUGAGGAAGCGGGCACAUUGGAUCCGGAGGAUGUUGAUGUCGAAGAAGAUCCAAUCACGAAGGCCGAGUUGAUAGCCCAGAGACUUUCGCGCUUGCCUUGGCUCUUUCAACUGGGUGGCAAGGAACUCCUCCUCGAUGACGGUGUCGACUUCUGGCGGAAAAUGAGAUUGUAUCGUUCGAAUAUUUCAUUUUUUAUAAUUUUACUUGGUUUCGAGUACAGGAUCAGAUAUUACGACGAGAGUCGCGUCUAGCUUCUUUUUCACACAGAAGAAGCAGUUCUUCUUCACGUCCACUUGCAUGACGCCUACAGUUCAGCCUUUCAUUUUUCAGUUUGUUUCGAACCAACCUCCUUCAGAGCCAAUCCCUCUGGUGCGUCACAGUAUCGGUUGGAGGUGUACGACGCGACGCAUGCACACACUCCGUUUAUGUUGGGCUUACAUCACGCUCUUUCGAAAGCGGCUCUACAUCGCGCGAUGCACUUCGUCGACAAUUUACAAUAGUCGUGGAGGUCAUGAUGCGUACGCAAGAUCUUGGUGUGGUCGUGGUCCGCAAGAUCUUGGUGUGGUCAAUAGAAGUGGUCGUUGCAGCAGUAGAAAUCGCUAAAGUUCAAAUUUCGUCUUUUAUUCAAAAAGCAAUCGGUUCAAACAAAAAAUCUAACGAAAUCAAUAAAAACAAAGUAAGUUAGUCCAAGUCUACGUAGCGUAUUGAUGCGAUCAGAAUUUUAAUCUAUUGACAUUCUUGAGAAGAACCACUCUCCCGUUUGAUUGACAUCCGCAUAGAAUUCAACUCUGAAUUCUUUCAGUACACACAGGAGUCUCGUGUGUGCGUUGUGUCUUUUUCAAUAAUGGUGGUGGUGCUGUGUGGUGGUGUCUGUAGUACCUCAUCUCAGGUGGAGGUGCACCACGAGACCAUCGCGAUCUUCACGACACCAAAUGAAUCUUAUUUCCAUAGACAUAACGUUGUUCUGUACUUGCAUUCUCGAAAAAACUGAUCAGUAUUUUGGCUUAUGUGAUGUAUCAACGUCAUUGGAGUUCGAGUUCGAGUAGCUAGACCCACAAAUAAUCAUCCUCGAAAAUUGAUACGUAGAUGGCGAGUGUUAGUUUUAGACCACUGUGACUCUUGUCAUCUACUGAUUUUCCUCAAGCAGAUCAGGAUACCGUUCUGUCAUUUUGGUAUGUAUCUUCUAAUCGUUGGCGUAAUGGUUGUGUAGUUGUGUGUUUCAUUUUAUGAAUGUCUAGAAAAUCAACAUGCGAUGAUAGAUUUAGUACAUAAAUGAAGGACGAAAACUGCAAUUAUGAAUCUCUACUAGAAGAUCAACAUCAUAUGUUUGAAGGACGAAAACUGCAAGGAGAAAGAGUAUGACCAUGGAAAAUUUAGCAGGUACUAAUUGCGUUGAGCCAGCCAUGAGUUGACAUUGGUACGUCGGGACAAGAAUAGGCAAGAGCUGCAAUCGCAUUGGGAGGAACGGCAGACACUCAGG